UGUCAGUUCAUUGUACGUAUCGGCUAUUUUCUUACGGAUUUGUCCAAAGUAUAUAUAAAAUAACCUCGCAUUUUAAGCAAUAUACGUGUUUUAAUUGUUAUUUAAAUGUCUGUAGACACAGAAAAUGACUUUUCAGACUUUAAACUACCACCAAUAUUUGAAGAUCUUAAUGAAAGGGUUAAAGAGUAUCUUUUGAAGCCGGAAAGGCUGUCAAUACAUCAAUGGGAGCGGUCACAAUCAAACUGGCAUCGUGAAAGUAAUGUUGAUUCCCUAUUUAUUCACGAUGACGACGAUUUUGGACCCGACACCACACUUGAGGUGGUUCGAGAUCCACUCACAGGUGAGAUAACAGGUUUAGAAGAAGUUAGUAUCCCAGUGGAAGAUGAUGAAGACAAUCUGUCCAUGUCGAGGGCUCCUUUGCCCCCCAGCCUGGCAACAAGAGGCACUACCACACAGAGUCCGUUUCUACCAGCAGGAUUUGAAGAGGAACUGGAGAAAAUGCUUGCUGAAGCUGCCAGCGGAGAUGUUAACAUAGACUUGGAUAAUGAAGAGCCUGGAAAGUUUUUGGGUGAAGAUAUUCUAAACACAGCACCGGGAUGUAAGGAGACUGUGUUGUUUGCGGAUGAUGGCUUCACACUGCUCAAUGCUCCUAAAGAGGACAAGUCAUCAGAGGACAAAGAAAAUGUUGAUAUACAUGUGAAGAUUAACUUAGAAGAAGUGGUCGAUAACAAUGCUCAUUUAGUAGAUCUCUGGAAAGAAGAGGAAGUUUCAGAAAUAAAACCACAGAAACCUGUUAAGAAAAUAGAACUGGAUGCUGAUCCUGACAAUGACAACUUCCUUGAAGCCACCAUCAUCAGACCUCCGAUAGAACUGCCAGAGUUACCAGUGCUGAACAUCACCAGCUCAGCGGCAAAGACAGGAGUCACAUCCACUGAGUGGGCUGAGAUGAUUGAUGUGUCACAGCCUGUACCAGAAUUUAGAGAAAAAAUUAAAGAUAUGGCACAAACUUAUCCAUUUGAAUUGGAUAAUUUCCAGAAACAGGCUAUCUUGAAACUAGAAGAGGGCCACCACGUGUUUGUGGCGGCGCACACGUCGGCCGGUAAAACUGUAGUCGCUGAAUACGCUAUAGCCAUGUCCAGGAGGAAUUGCACAAGAGCAAUCUACACAUCACCAAUAAAAGCGUUAUCAAAUCAGAAGUACAAUGAUUUUAACAAAAUGUUUGGUGAAGUUGGACUUUUGACUGGAGACUUACAAAUCAAUGCGACAGCCUCCUGCCUUGUGAUGACUACUGAGAUCCUAAGGUCUAUGCUGUAUUGUGGCUCUGAUGUGACCAGGGAUCUUGAAUUUGUCAUAUUCGAUGAGGUUCACUAUAUUAAUAAUGCUGAGCGUGGUUACGUAUGGGAGGAGGUACUGAUCCUGCUCCCAGCGCACGUAAGUAUAGUGAUGUUGAGCGCCACCGUCCCCAACACGCUGCAGUUCGCCGACUGGGUGGGCCGCACUAAGAAACGGAAGGUCUUCGUCGUCUCCACGCCCAAACGACCCGUUCCACUUUGUCAUUAUCUAUAUACAGGAACUGGUGGAAAGUCUAAGAAUGAGAGGUUCCUAGUUGUGGAUCAGGAAGGAAACUUCCAACUACGUGGGUACAAUGAAGCGGUGGCUGCUAAGAAGGCGAGGGAGAAUGAGUACAAAAAGAAUUUUGGUCCGAAAGGAGGCAAAAUGUACCAAAAUCCUAAGGCUGAACAGACUAUGUGGGUAGCUUUCAUCGACCAUUUGAAGCAGCAAGACAAGUUACCUGUGGUCGCAUUCACAUUGUCACGAAACCGGUGCGAUCAAAAUGCUGAAAAUUUAAUGUCAGUAGAUUUGACAACUGCUAAGGAAAAGGGGCAUAUCAGAUCUUUCUUCCAAAAGUGUCUGCAGAGGCUUAAAGAACCUGACAGAAGAUUACCCCAGGUAAUAAGGCUACAAAGAGUGUUGGAGAAUGGUAUCGGAGUUCAUCACAGUGGUAUAUUACCGUUGCUGAAGGAAAUCGUUGAGAUGUUAUUCCAAUCCGGUUUUGUGAAAAUCCUAUUCGCGACUGAGACAUUCGCGAUGGGUGUGAACAUGCCGGCUAGAACUGUAGUAUUCGAUGAGACCACUAAGUACGAUGGGUUGCAGAGACGUGUUCUCGCACCAGCCGAGUACAUUCAGAUGGCCGGCAGAGCUGGGAGGCGAGGUCUCGAUGACACGGGAACAGUGAUCAUCCUAUGCAAAGAAGGAGUGCCAGACCUGGUCACCCUCAAGGGUAUGAUGCUGGGCAUCCCACAAAAGCUAUCUUCUCAAUUCCGGCUCACAUACGCUAUGAUAUUAAGUUUGUUACGGGCAGCGACAGUAUCCGUCGAAGGCAUGAUGCAAAGGUCAUUCAGGGAGUUCAACCAGAUUUGUCAAGCGGACAACUAUAGGAAACAACUUCAAUUAGCCGAAAAGGAAUAUUCAGAAAAAUGCAGUACACCGCUGGCUUCACACUUGGCGCCGUUAGCAGCAUUCUAUGAUACCGCAGCAAUGUACAUCGAUGUGUUGAAUGAAAUCAUGCCGAUUCUUCUUGGUACAGCAAAGAUUUCGAAGGAAAUGACGACUGGUAGAGUUCUGGUGGUCUCCGCUGGUCCGUACAUGAACCAACUUGGUGUUUUGUUAAAUAAUAAUGGUCCAAGACAGACGCCUUACAAAGUCCUUCUACUAGACACCAAGGUCCAAGACAACGCGAAAUAUAACUUCGAAGUAGAUGAGAACUGGUAUAGAAUACUCAGUUUCUCCGCUAUGUACAGCAGUAUAGGAACAGAAGAAAGUACCUUAGACCACACGAUAUUAUGUAUUGCACCUAAGAAUAUAGUUUCCGUAACAAAAAUGACUUUGAAAAUCGAUCCUAAGGUCAUUAUAGAUGACUGGGAGAAAAGGCAAAUUCCGAGAUUCAAAGACGCCCCCGUCGGCACAAGUUGCGCGAGCGCAGUACAGGAACUAUCCCGCAUCUCACACGCCGUAUGCUCCGGAGCAACACAAUUAGAAGUUAUAAACUUAACGCAAUCCCUCGCCAUUACCACGGGAGAAAUACUCACUUCUAUCGACAAAAUGAACAAAUGCAUGAAUGAAUUAAAAGAACACAAGAAAAGUACGGACAUUGCGAACUUUAAGUCUGAGUUUGCGAUUGUGUACGAACGUAAACUGACUGAACGGAAACGUGACAAGUAUAAACGUUUACUCUCCUUUGAGAAUCUCGCCCUGUACCCUGAUUACCAGCGUCGCCUGAUGGUGUUACGGGAACUCAGCUAUAUAGAUGAACAUGACAGCGUUAUACUUAAAGGUCGUGUAGCAUGCGGUAUGGGGACGAACGAGCUAAUCAUAUCCGAGCUAGUCUUCAGAAACGUGUUCACAGACAAGACCCCGGCUGAAAUUGCAGCGUUACUCAGUUGUUUUGUGUUCCAAGCUAGGACUCAAGUGGAGAACCAGCUCACUGACAAACUAGCUGAAGGGGUCAAAGCUAUCGAAAAAAUUGAUGCUGAACUUACUGCUAUUGAAUCAAAGUAUUUGGUCGGCCAAUUUGAAGGUCAAGCUGAAAGACUGAACUUUGGUCUUGUGAGAGUAGUAUACGAGUGGGCUUUAGAAAAACCAUUCGCUGAGAUAAUGGAUCUUACUGAUGUGCAGGAGGGUAUCAUUGUCAGGUGCAUCCAGCAAUUACACGAGUUACUAGUGGAUGUGAAAGACGCUGCCGUAGCUGUCGGCGACCCGAAACUCCAAGCCAAAAUGAUGGAAGCAUCCACAGCCAUCAAAAGGGACAUAGUAUUCGCAGCCAGCUUAUACACCACGCAAAAAGAAACGGUCACUACAUGAUUAUAGAGUCGCAUUUGUCAUAACUUGAUACCUUAUUUGUUCGUGGAACAAAAUAUGCUUAGCCUGAUCUU